AUGUCCAAUUAUAACUAUUCACAGGAGCACGCGUCGAGCUCGUUGCGGAAGCGGAAGACUUUGAAGAAGUCCAUCAACUUCAGCAUCAUGGUGGUGGCCGAAUCAGGGAUGGGUAGGUCAACUUUGAUCAAUACUUUAUGUGGAGGGAACACCAUAGUUCCUACAUCAUCUACGGUCAAUCAAGACCCGUAUGAAAAGAAGCUCACGUUGAGACACGAGAAUGUUGAAUUGGAAGACAAUGAGGGUCAUAAAAUCAGUUUGAACAUCAUUGAUACUCCCAACUUUGGGAACCUGAUUAAUUGUGAUGAAGAUUUCCGAGUGAUUGUUGAUUUCAUUAGACAUCAAUUUGAUGAAGUUUUAUUGGAAGAGCUGAGAGUCAGACGGAACCCCAGAUUUAAAGAUGGUAGAAUACAUGUUUUAAUCUACAUGAUUAAUCCUACUGGACAUGGAUUAAGUCAAAUUGAUGUUAAAUUCAUGCUUCACGUUAAUAAAUUGGUCAAUCUUAUUCCUGUGAUUGCUAAAGCUGAUCUGUUGACACCUCAAGAGUUAACUUUAAACAAAAAAUUGAUUUUAGAGGAUUUAAACAAUUAUAACAUCAAUUUCUACAAGUUUAAUGAAUAUGAGUAUGAAGAUGAUUAUAUGGAUGAAGAAAUCAUUGAAUAUAAUAAAUAUUUGAAUUCUUUAGCUCCAUUCUCAAUUAUAGGUGCUAAUAAAUUUCAAGAAAACCCUAAUGAUGAAGAUGACUUAUUAAAAUUAAGAGUUUUAAAUCCAAUUCAUAGUAAACCUAUAAAUGUGGAACAUCCUGAUUAUAAUGAUUUUACCGUGUUGAAGAAUGUGCUUUUGAUUACUCAUUUGAAUGAAUUCAAAGAUAUUACUCAUGAAUCUAUCUAUGAGAACUAUAGAACAGAAGCUUUAUCUGGUAAGCAAUUCCAAUACAUUUCUGGUGAAAAGAAUGGUUCAUCUGAUGGACCAGCCAAUUCUGAUGUCAAUGAUGGGCACGAAGUGAUGACAGCAGGUAGCAGUAACAGUCAUAAUAACAACAACAAUAAUAGUGGUGGUGGUGAUGAAUCCAAUUACUUGAUGAAGGAAGAACAAAUCAAAUUGGAAGAAGAAAGAUUGAAAAAGUUUGAAGAAAGAGUUCAUCAAGAUUUGAUAAAUAAACGGAAGGAAUUAUUAGAGAGAGAAUAUGAAUUGAAAGAGAUCGAGAAACGGUUAAUGGAAGAAGGUUUGGAAUUGAAUGCUGAACAAGAGCAAGAGCAAGAGCAAAAUGAGAUUAAUAAGAUUUAA